AUGGCAGAUACGCACUCCAUCAUCACCCCAGCUAUCAUGUACUGGGGAACCCCAGUAGCCCUCAUCACUACCUCGAACGAGGACGGGACUGCCAACAUUGGCCCAAUAUCAUCCGUCUGGUGGCUCGGCCACCGCUGCGUCCUAGGCUUAGCCUCAGGAUCCCAAACAACAAUCAACCUCUUCCGCACUAAACAAUGCGUCAUCAACCUCCCCAGCAACGACAUGGCGCACUACAUCAAUCCCAUCGCAAAAACCACCGGUACACCUACAAUCCCCCCCGGCAAAAAAGACCGCGGCUACAAGCAUUGCAAAGACAAGUUCAGCGCUUCAGGUCUUACGCAGCAAGCUUCUGAUUUUGUGCAGCCGCCGCGUAUUGCAGAAUGUCCUGUGCAGAUGGAAGCUGAGGUUACGAACAGCAUGGAGUUGAUGCAGGAUGUUCCGGAUCGAAGGGGGAUUCUGGUAGCUAUUGAGGUCAAGGUUCUUAGGACACAUGUUCGGAAUGAUUUGCGGAUGGAUGGUUAUGCUGAUAGGAUUGACCCGGACCGCUGGAGGCCGUUGAUUAUGAGCUUUCAGGAGUUCUACGGUCUGAUGCCUACAAAAGUCGCGGAGUCGAACCUCGCUACUAUUGAUGAGGAAAAGUAUCGCGUUGUUACUCGAUCGGAUGUUGUCAAGCAAGGAGGAGACAUGGAUACGUUGGACAUUGCAGCGAUGGAAACUGAUAUUUGUCCAGAUGGCGACAGUCGCACUGAGAAAGAGAUGGUCGUCAAACUCAUAGUCGCCCAUUUCACAGCCGUCGUCGCCUUCUGCAAUUUCCAAUCCCUACGCAACGAAAGACUCGACACAGUUGAACCAGUCUUAUUCCUUCUAUCACCCUUGAUAGUCAUAACACAAACAGCCCUCGGCAUCGUCAUCAUUAACGUAUCAUUCGUCUCGAACGUUGCUCAGUCCCCGAAAUCUUUUCCAAUCCAUCUCGAAACCUAUGCACGACGAUGGAAUACGCUUUUCGGAAAGAAACCAACACAACCUCGUCGAACACCUACGGGCUCAUUGGAAGAAAAUAUGCAAUCUCGUUUUGGAAGUGCUUGGAUAAGGCUUGGAAGAGCCAUAGCUAUCUUCGGAACACUUUUCCAAUUCGCAGCUACGAUAUUUCUCUACAGACGUCGAAAGAGUUUACAUGGCUGGGAUUCACUUACAGUCGUUGAUCAUCGAACAUUCGAGCUAUCCGUCGGCGGCGGCGCUGUCUCUAUCUUAUCUCUUGCUCUCCUUCUCAAAUUGCCUGGCUUCGGACAAGCACCAGAAACGCUGUACAUCCCAGAACUCAAGCCAGAACUAGCUAUCAUCUUCUGCCGCGGUGAUUCACGCCGUUGUCCGAGCUGGUAUCAAAUCCUCUACGUUUCAGAUAUCGGCUCAGCAACAUCAGCUGCGACGUGGCUAGCCUGCGUUUCAUCAUCAACAUACAAAGGCGAAUCUCUUCCGUUUCACUUCCUAUAUGAGUUUUACGCCGGGAUCUACACUGAGUUUGCCCGUACUCUUUCGCUACAAAUCUCAAUGACUGCAUUCUAUCUCCUUGUUGGAAUCUUUUUCGCGGUUGUUUUCUCACUACCCCAUGUAUACAAUGGCCCAGGCUUUGAAAAAGUCAAUAGUCUCUGGGCCAUGAUACCAGCUCUUCUUGUACUGCUGGCCGUCAUGAUUACUUUUUUCUGCAUGUUGAUGCUGAUGAUGUUGCCGGUUCUUUUGGUUUUGUUUCCCUCUCUUGUUAGCGGGCCUGGAUGCAUUUUCACGAUGAAAGGGUAUGAGACUCGUGCGUUGUUUUCGAAGCCGCCUUUUGGACCGUUGGCGAAUGAGACGGAAUGUCUUUUGCUGUGGAAGGAUCCUAUGGCGGAGUAUUUGUGGUCGCUUGUAUAG